UUACCUGUUGGGCUCCAGAAGAGGGGAAUAUGAAAACAAAAAAGUUUACAAGUUUGGAAUCAAUUUUGAUAGCCCUCUUCAUUCUGGUGACUGCUGUCUGCAUUGCCUUCAUUGUGCUACAUUUUGUUGACGUUCCUAAGAGUACAUCCCUAGACACAAAUGGUUGUGGUACCAUAAAGCACCUGUCUGAGCCUUCAGGAACCUUUUCAAGUUCCAACUACCCACAGAACUAUGAUAAUAGUCAAACCUGCAUGUGGGAGAUAACAGUCCCCGAGGAUAAGGUUGUUCACUUGUGGUUUGUUGAGUUUCACCUGGAAGCCAGCACACUGUGCAUUGGAGAUCAUGUCACUGUUGGAGAUGAUAUUGGCACAUUAGGUACAUACUGCGGACAUACAGCUCCCAAACCAUUGGUUUCAGUGGGCAACAAACUUACUGUAUCAUUUAUAAGUAACAGUAAAACAACCGAUAAAGGAUUUCAGGCUAAGUAUGAAGCCAUUAACCCCAGCAACACAGCAGAUAUUGUGGGAGGAGGAGGUCUCCUGCAUACAGAAACAGGGGAGUUUAUGCCACCAAGGACAACUGCAAACACUUAUAUGAAUAAUGCCCUUUAUCAGUGGAGAUUGUCAGUUGCCAAGGACCAUAGGAUUAGGCUGACAUUUUCAUCUUUUGACCUUGAACCUGAAGGCUCAGCAGGCUGCAAGGAUGUAGUUGAAGUAUAUGAUGGCGACAUCAAAAGUUCACACAAAGUUGGACAGUUUUGUGGAAAUCAAAUUCCAGCACCCUUGUAUUCCUCUGGAAAUAACCUAGUUGUACGUUUCAAGUCAGAUAGUGAAGUUGCAGGACAAGGUUUCCAUGCCCAAUACAUCACUUUCACCGGGAAUCCUCCUGCUACCGAGAGUCCACCAGUAACCACAACUACCCCUUCUUAUGUUGAGUCUGGCUGUGGCAGCAAUGCUCUUCAACAUGGCCGUAAAGGUGUCCUGCACUCCAUGAAUUAUCCAGACACUUAUCCACCAGAUCUGGACUGUAAAUGGAACAUCACAGUGUCACACGGUUGGCUUAUCAAACUGACCUUUACGGACCUCUCUAUGGAUGGCGAAAUGGGACUUUGUGAAGGAGACAAACUGACUAUAUCUGACAGCUCAGAUUUGAUAGGGAUUUUUUGUGGGUUUGUCAAGCCUCCUGUGAUCAUCAGUUCAAACAACCAGCUUUUCUUGACAUUCGAAACAAAUAGAGAGAGCUUUGAUACAGGAUUUGAAAUAAAGUGGGAAGCAGUUCAUCCUGAAGAUAUCGAAGAGAUCCAGUCAUGUGGAGGAUACUCUACUGAAGAAAGUGGUCUGAUAAAGUCCCCUAUGUGGCCGUCCAAAUAUGCACCCAACAGCAUGUGUCUGUGGCGUAUAGAGGUACAAACUGGAAAAAAGCUGACGCUAAAAUUCACUCAUUUCGAGAUUGAGGAUCCAGACAUCAUUUCCAAGUCAUGUUAUGAUUAUUUAGCUGUUUAUGAAGAAAAUGCAGGCCAAGUGAUUAAAAAUGGUCCAUACUGUGGAAGUCUCAUUCCAGAGUCAUUUGAAACUCAGGGCAACCUGAUUGUACUCCGAUUCCACAGUGAUUUCUUUACAGAAGGGAAAGGAUUCCGAAUCUUCUGGUCUACAGAUCCAUUGGCAGAGCCUCCUACAGAAGCUCCUCUACCUCCCAAUCCUUGGGAUGAUAUACAAAUAGAUUGGCCAAACCAAUGUGGUAAACCAACAUAUCCUCCUCAGAUUAACACAAGAAUUGUCAAUGGUGAGCAAGCUGUACCUCACACUUGGCCAUGGCAAGUGUCCAUGCAGGUUUGGCCAAGUUCUCGGAAUGAAACCAUUUACUUCCAUACCUGUGGUGGCACUCUCAUCCACAAGAACUGGGUUCUCACCGCCGCCCACUGCUUUAUUAAUUAUGCAGAUGAGUUGUUCCGCUGGCGUAUGUGUCUUGGAAAGCACAACCUAACCAUAGUGGAGCCCUCAGAGCAGUGCUUCAAGAUCCUUGGAAUUUUCCGUCACGAGGGGUUUAAGUACCCCAACAUUCCAGUGGAAUAUGACAUUGCCUUGGUAAGGCUGGAUGGAGAAGUGUUGGCAAGUGAUGUUAUUGACUUUGCUUGUUUGCCACCCAAAGAUCAAGUUCUAAACCAAAAUGACAGAUGUCAUGCAACUGGCUGGGGAGAUGAAACAGGAGAUUCGUUGUCACCAAAAGCUGCUGAAACUUUGAAUCAAGUAGCUUUACCAGUUAUUCCAUAUGACGUUUGCAAAACGCCUCAGUACUGGUGGUUCCAGAUAAGAGACUCAAUGAUCUGUGCGGGUUAUAUCCUUCCUGAUGAACUAAAGUCAGUGUGCCAGGGAGACUCCGGCGGGCCACUUGUAUGUCCAUCUAUAACUGAUAACUCAGUUUGGGAGUUAAAUGGGAUUACCAGUUUUGGGCCUAUCGGUUGCAUUAUGGAUAAAAAACCCAGUGUUUUCACUCGAGUCUCUGCUUAUUUGGACUGGAUUGAUCAAACCAUCAAGAAGAAUAUAUAUGAUGUCAAUGUAUCUGGCUGCGGCGGACCCAAGGAUUUGCACGACAAGUUAGGAACGUUCACAUCGAUGAGUUUUCCCUCAACAUAUAAAAAUAAUGCGACUUGUUUGUGGAAUAUCGUGGCCCCGGAGGAUAAAGUCAUCUAUUUGCACUUUAACAGUUUUGUGAUUGAACAGAGUAAUGACUGUCUCAACGACAACCUUGUUAUAUCCGACGAAUUGGGAAGCCUUGGUACGCACUGCGGGGGAUCUUCUCCAGUGGAUAUUGUUAGUUACAGCAAUCUACUUUCUGUGAGUUUUAAGACCAACGGCAGAUUGGUGGAAACAGGAUUUUCUGCAACCUGGGAAUUUGUGGACCCUGCUACUAUCCCCCAAAUAGCUUUAUGUGGAGGACAUUAUAAUGCAAACUACGGAGAGUUUUUCUCACCUGAUUGGCCUAAUGGUACCUACCCUGGAAGCCAAGCUUGCACCUGGAAAAUCACGGCUGGAGCAGGUGAACGGCUCCAUAUUGUCUUCACAGACUUUACUCUCCAAGGUGCCAACCCCGCUGGAAUUUGUAAAGACUACGUGGAGAUUUUCGAUGGAGACAAAGCUGGUGCUUCUAGAUUGGGUCAUUUCUGUGGAACAACUAUACCAAGUACUAUAAAUACAACAGGAAACACUGCUGUCAUUAAAUUUGUCACCAACGACGUUAUGAUGUUUGACGGAUUCCGCGGAUACUGGACAACAAAUAUCUCUAAUGCUGCGGACUUCCCUUUUAGCGUUACAAAACCAUGGAGUGAUAUUUCAAUUGACUGGCCUACAAGUUGUGAUAUCCCAGUUAAACCAUUCAGUGAUGCUGAGCAAAGUAAAUUAGGAGGGCUAGUUCCUUCACUGGGACACUUUUCUGUACAAAUCCAUGAUAGACCCAAUCUUCCAUUCCUGCACAGGUGUACCGGCACGCUCAUAAACACACAAUGGAUUCUUCUGCCUGCUCACUGUUUAGAUAAUGGCCAAAACCCUGAGAGUCUGCGAGUAUGUGCUCAGUCUGGAUCUUCAAACUCAUGCUAUGGAGUUGAUGGGGUUAUCAGGCACAAAGAUUUUGUUUAUCCACAGAUUAAUGACCACUCUCACGAUAUCGCUCUAUUGCACCUGUCUGAACAUGUGUCUGGAUUACAACCCGUGUGCUUGCCGGGCUCUGAGCAGCCGAUACAUGCACAUACAAUGUGCUAUUGGGCUGGAUGGGCUGCUGCCACAGAUUUAGUUCUUCCAGUAUCCAUCAUGGAAUACCAAACCUGCAGUCAACCCAAGUAUUGGUGGAGCCAAGUCACAUCUUCGAUGAUUUGUGCUGGUUCUAAAUCACCUGAAGAGCUACAAUCAACUUGCCGUAGUGACACAGAAGGUGCCCUUAUCUGUAAAUCAGACGUAUCGCCCACAUGGGAAGUUAAUAGUAUUGCCAGUUUUGGACCCUCAGAUUGUCUUGUGGACAAAAAGCCACCUGUCUUCACCAAAAUAUCUACCUAUAAGGACUGGAUUGUAGACAACAUCAAAAAGUUCACCUAUGAGAGCCAAUCUGGAACGAGGGCAAUUUAAACUGCGAUCAUGAUUUGUUCUUUAUAAAUUUUGAAUUAAAAUAAGAAACAUUU